AUGCGUCUACCGAUCGUCUUCUUGUUCACCUUCUUCCUUGCAGCCUUCGCUCUGCCUCCACCCCAAAAACCCGUCGUGGUAUCAUUCCCUGACAACACUCCAUCUUCAAUCAUCGACAAGGCCAUGGCGGAGAUCGAGAAAGAUGGGGGCAUUAUAACACAUGAAUAUUGUGAGCGCUCAUUCAUCUACACUGCUCCUAUGAUUCGGGCUGGGACCAGCGCUAACUUCGUGAUAGCCUUGAUCAAAGGAUUCGCAGCCAGAGUUUCGGAAGUGACGCUCAACAAAAUCAGCGAACUGGCUGAAGCAUAUGCGCCAUAUAUCGAGGACGACUACGUGGUCAACAUCGAUGGCUCGACAAGUGCCGCCAAAUAA